AUUUUAUCCAAUCAAAUUACGCCAAGUACAUGUGCUUCCUGUGAUACACGUCUGUCAAAAUUUGCGUAAACGAAGUAAAUACUCUAAAACGUCAAAGUUGAAUGAAACUUAGUAAAAAAUUCAGAUAAUUUAUCAAAAGAUUCAAAGAAAACUCAGUUAACUUAAUUGUGCUCGUUGUAAACUGAGAAUGAAGAUUGAAAUUGUAUCUUGGGUGGCACUUUCGUGUCUCUGGUUAAUGAUUGCCGGUUCUGCCGCUUUGAAAGAAGGGGAAUGUGAAGUCUGUGUCAAAGUUUUAGACAGAUUCGUCAAAUCCAUUGACGAGGAUGUAAAAAAGAGUCAAGAUAAAGUAGAACAAGAAUUGAAAAAUUUCUGCAAAAAAUUGAAAAAUAAAGAAGAACGAUUUUGUUACUACAUAGGUGGACUAGAAACUUCAGCAACAAAUAUUCUACGUAUGAUAUCUAAACCAAUUGGCUACCACAUGCCUGCAGAAAAACUGUGUAGUAAACUGAAAGACGCAGAUGGUCAGAUCUGUGAACUGAAAUAUGAUAAAGAAAUUGAUCUGUCAUCAGUUAAUUUGAAGAAAUUGAAAGUAAAAGAUUUGAAAAAGAUUUUAUCUAACUGGGGAGAAGAUAAUGCAUGUAAAGGAUGUGCUGAAAAGUCAGACUUUAUUAAAGUGGUAGAGGAUCUAAUGCCCAAGUAUGCUCCAGAGGCUGCUAAAAAGAGGAAGACAGAGUUAUAAUGUUAAUAACACUUAGGGAAAACAAACUAUUAUAACUAUUGAGUAUUGUUAGACUAUUCAAAGGAAAAGAAAUUUUUGUUUUAUACAUCUGCAGAAGUUUAUGGCUGUUUAGUGGUAUUUGUUUAUGUAUAGUUAUUUUUUACUGUAAAAGAGUGCUAAGAAGUCUAUUUCUUUCAAACUUCAGCUUUAAAAACUCAAAUACAAUUUUUCUUACACCUACAUGUAAAUAAGGGAAACAUUCAAAGUAAAACCCCAUUACAACCAUGUAAACAGUUAAAAAAGAUGGGUGAUAUUAGUAUAUGUUGAGCUACAUGUAUAUAUAUUAAAUGUAUUUUGUAUAUGCUGAUAUUUGAUGAAGUGCUGAAUAAAUGAUAAACAUUAAAAUAUUUUUGCACACAAAUGUCUUUCUUAUGCAUAAAACAAUUAACAAUUUCCUGUUUAAUACAACUUAAAAAAUUUAUAAAUUUGAAAUAUAUUUAGAAAAAAAGGAUUUACUACAAAAGCUUAUCUACAGUUUUAAUGUUAAAGAUUACUUGACGCAAGUUUGAAUGUGUAUCUCAUGAAUGAACAAAUGUAUGAAAAGAGCUUUUUGAUUCAUGGAUCAAUGCUGUCUUAAGUUGAAAAGAAUAUAUAUUUUAAAAUAUAAGGAGACAGCAACUAAUAUAAGGAAAGAAAAAGUGGAAUGUUACAUCAUUACUUUAACUUAAUAUGAUUAUGAUGUCUGUUGUACUAAAUAUUGUAAACCUAUUUAGAACCAUCAUAUGAUGAUGACUUAAACUGUAUACUUUGGAGUGUAAAUGUACUAUUUUUUAAAAAGUUACUUUUAUUUAUAACUUAUUUGUUUAUUUAAAUGAAAAUUAUUGACUUAAUUUAUUUUCAUGUGUCUGUACAACGAUAAUUUUCCAAGCCAAGCAAAACUUGGAAAAUAGUUAUGGGACUUGACCAUCAUCAGUCUUUUAGUUUUUCCUCUACAUUGAUCACUAGCAUGUCAUCACCAAGGUUGCCAUUUCAAACCACUGCAUGUGGAUAGAUUUAUAUUACUCCAAUUUUAAAUGAAAAGAAGGAUUGCCAGUUUGACUGAUAAAGGAUGUAGUUCACUACAUGAGUAUUCUGGCUUUCUCCAUCUUUGACACUGAAUUUUAUGAUAAAGUCUAGGCAACUGAAGGUUGAGUCAAAUAUCAACAAAUACUCACAGUAAAAUGCAAAGGCACAUUUACACAUAGGAUUAUUCAUUGUUUGAUUCAAUAACCCUUUGCAGCAACUUCGGUGCUUUACUCAACAUCAUCAAAUAAAGAGGGAUUGAAAGUCAUAAAGAUGUGUUAAGUACUUUUAAGAACAAAAAUAUAAAGAUAAAUGAUUAAGUCUAAAUUUUCCUUGCAAUUUUUAUUAAAUGUGUAUUUUAUUUAAGUACUUUAGUAACAAAAAUAUAAAGAUAAAUGACUAAGUCUAAAUUUUCCUUGCACUUUUUUUUAAAAUGUGUAUUUUAUGUAGUAGAGAUAUAAAAGUAUAUUUGCACAGAGUAUAUAAAUGUUUUGACUGUUAUGGUAAGGGAUAUGAAAGUUGUAAUGAUGUAUGAAUGUAGAUUCACUGCACAAUGUGUCAUUAACUCAAAGCGAUCUUGUGAUAUCAUCAUGUCAUUUAGGUAUAGUUGUAAACGUAUGGUGUGAGUUGUUAAUGAACAGAAAUAUUUUGUCUAAAUAAAAUAUCUUUAUGUUA